ACAGGACAUCAAUGAUUUGGCAUUUCGGUUUCAAAAAUUAUCGCUUUGUUUUAUUGGAAAAUUGUUGAUAUCAUCCAAAUUCACCGAAUAAUGUAAUAAAGUGAAUUUUACAUUACUCCUUUUUGAUAUCCUGAUUUUCGCAGGAUAAUUUUAGAACCGUACGCAACAUGUCGAACGGGUCUGGUGUGAGCGUGAAGUUCACAUCCGGCUUGUCCAAGUCGGAUCCGGAGCAGAAGCCGGUGCUGAUUGUGGGCCAGGCCUCGCACCUCGCCACCCUGACCUGGCAGGAUGUGCGCUGCAAACUGGAGCCGAGAGUCACUGAAGACGCAUGGCGCCGCGGCAUAUCCAUCGUGACGGCCUCCCCCGGCGAGUCCUGCGAGCUCUGGCCCGGGGCGGCUACCCUGGCCACCCUGCCCGCCCGGCGCUCGCGCCACGCCGCGCCGUCGAGGGCACACGCCCUGGCCAAGAUCGUGAGGGGGUGCCCGCGACAGGGGGACGAGGAUAUUGUGCUAGUCUGCCGCAAGCGCGACGCCUACGCCUCGGCCAUCGCCAUCGCUCGUUCCUUCCCGCUGUACUCCGCGCGCACCACCCCCGCGCUGCUCGCCCCCGCCCCCGCCCCCGCCCCCGCGGCCAAGCAGAGCAGGACGGUCAAUGUGGAGAUUGUGCUGGCUAAGGAGAAUGAGGACGGCGACACAGAAGACGACGGCCCACUAGACCCGUACUUAACAGACGGGACUCUGUCUCCACAAGACACGAGCACGAUCCAGGAGGCGGCGGACGCCACGCGGCUCGCGGCGCGCCUCACCGACGCACCGGCUAAUAUAGUGAAUGUUAGCCAGAUUAUUGAGGAAGCUGUAAAAGUGGCCAAGGAGCUCGGCAUUCCAGAGCCCACCGUUAUCCGCGGUGAAGAGCUGAAGGCGCGCGGCAUGGGCGGCAUCUACGGCGUGGGGCGGGCGGCGGAGGACCCGCCCGCCCUGGUUGUACUGUCUUAUGUUCCGCCAGGCGCGACGGAGACGGUGGCGUGGGUGGGCAAGGGCAUCGUGUACGACACGGGCGGCCUCAGUAUCAAGGCAAGGACAGCGAUGGUGGGCAUGAAAGGCGACAUGGGCGGCGCGGCGGGCGUGCUGGGCGCGCUGCGAGCCGCGGUCCGCGCCGCGCCCGCCGCCGCGCUGCACGCCGUGCUGUGCGUCGCGGAGAACGCCGUCGGACCCAGGGCUACCAGGCCUGAUGACAUCCACACCCUGUAUUCAGGCCGCACGGUCGAGAUCAACAACACUGACGCUGAAGGUCGUCUGGUGCUGAGUGAUGGCGUGGUGUACGCGUCUCGGGACUUGAAGGCAGAUAUUAUAGUAGACAUGGCCACGCUCACCGGCGCACAGGGCAUAGCCACCGGCAAAUACCACGCCGCCAUCAUCUCCAACUGCCCAUCACUCGAGUCUCGUUGCGUGCGCGCGGGGCGCGGGGCGGGGGAGCUGGCGCACGCGCUGCCCUUCGCCCCCGAGCUGCACCACCCCGAGUUCAGCAGCCAGGUUGCUGACAUGAAGAAUAGUUGUGCGGACCGCAACAACGCUCAACCAUCAUGCGCGGGCCUCUUCAUCCUGUCGCACCUCGGCUUCGACACGCCGGCGCGCUGGCUGCACGUCGACAUGGCCGCGCCCGCGCACUGCGGCGAGAGGGCUACAGGUUACGGAGUGGGGCUUCUCACCGUGUUGUUUGGAGACAAGACCCAGAGCAAACUGCUCCGCGCACUGUGUCCGAAGUAAUUGUAGCGGGUA